UCCACCCUGCUGAGGCGUGGGAAUCCACAGAGAAUGUUCUCGUCCUCGUCCAGAAGCUCUCCGUACUCGCCCUGGUCGUCCAUGGAGCACUCGGACUCUGAGUUGUUGGACUUCAGCACCAAAGUGCAGCUGCACGGCGUGCUGUGGAAGAGGCCCAUCGGACGGCCGUCUGCCAAGUGGUCCCGCAGAUUCUUCGUCAUCAAAGACAGCUUCUUGCUCUACUAUGCAGAGAGCGAGAAGAGAAACUUUGAGACCAACAGGUACUUCAACAUCCACCCCAAGGGCGUCAUUCCUUUGGGAGGAUGUGUGGUGUCAGCUGGUGAAAACGUGGGCAUGCCCUUUGCCAUCGUGGUCAACCUGGAAGAUUUUAGUGGUAACAUCGUGCUGGCUGCUGAGUCUGAGGACGAGCAGGUCCAGUGGAUGGAGAUGCUCCAGGACUCGGGGAAAGUCACGUGGAGGAACGCUCAGCUGGGGGAGGCCAUGAUUGAGAGUCUGGAGGCUCAGGGGCUGCAGCUGGCCAAGGAGAAGCAGGAGUACCUGGAUAAACUGAUGGAGGAGACCGAGGAGCUCAGCCAUCAGAGAGCACAGAGGGAGGAGCUGGAGCGUCUGAAUCAGGUCCUGGAGGAGGAGAAGAUGAAGUUUGAGGAGGUGGUGCUGGAGCUGAAGGCAGAGCAGGAGCAUAUCAAACUAGACCUGGACGGCACAGCUCAGUCCCUGAAAGGUGUCGAGACAGAAAAAGAAGAGCUGAGCAGUUUGACUGUCAUGCUGCAGAAAUCCAUCGAGGAGCUCUCUCAGGAGAAACGGAGAACCCUGGAGCUGCUGGGUGUGAAGGAGGAGGAGAAGGAGUCGAAGAGCUCAGCCCACAGGAAGUGUGAGGACGACGGGGAUCCCGGAGACGUGGACCUGCUGAGGGACCUGCGACACAUCGAGGAGCAAAUGAAGGUCCUGCUGAGGGAGAAGGGGCAGGCUGACGACAUGCUCAAGGAGAACGAGCAGCGGGCUAAAGUCCUGCAGCAGGAGAGGGAGUACUAUUCGUCUCAGGCCCGGACGCUGCAGCAGUCGCUCUCUCAGCUCACUGCAGACAAGCAGCAGACCGAGGCAGAGCUGAAGGUGGAGAUUGAGUCUCGGGUGGAGCUGGAGAAGAGACUGAAGGAGGCUGAAGAGGCUCUGCAGGACCUGGAGAAAGGCCUGAACUCGCUGGAGCGGACCAAAGAGAGCGACGAGAAGAUGAAGGGGGACGUGACUCAUCUGAAGAGAUUCUUCGAGGAGUGUAUCUGUGCCGCAGAGAUCGAGGCGAAGCUUCCAUCGAUAAUGAAGAACGCCGUGUAUCUGCACAAAGCUGCUGCACGCAGGAUCAAGAGCUGCCGGGUCCAGAGGAAAGCCUCCAGACGCCACUGGUUAAAACACUCCAAGUCUUUUGCUGUGGCCAACGCCGACGACGGCAGCAGGGAGGAGCUGCGAGAGGCGGCUCGACGACUGACCUCCGACAGCAGCUUCAGAGAGAGCGUGUACAAGAUCAUCACUAGCAAAGACGCCACGAACAAACCAGAGGACUGAGAGGAGAAAGAAACGGCCCUUAGCUUUUCCUCAGUCCACACAGUGAGUGAUGUAGAGAUCCUGAUCCCAAACCAACGUUCAAACACUGUAGAUGAUUGUAACAGAACUGGUUUUUAGUCCCCUCGUGGUUUAACUGGUUGCAUAAAGUACAAGAACUAAACUCAGGAACGUGAAACCUCUUUUAGACAGUCCUGUUUGUGGAAGUCUGUAUUUACUGUUACUGAGACUGAAAACUCCAGAACGCCGGUCUCCUUCAGAGACUGAUGAGUGUUUGUUGAAGCAGCGAUGGUCAAACAUCAGAAUUUCUUGGUUUAGUUCCUGAGUUCAGUUCCUGGAACUGUUGCAUCGAAUCUGAAGAUUUCUUAUCGCACUUUUCUACCAAAGAGUGAAGAGUAUGACUGUUAAGUGAAAGCUUCAUGUAUGUUAAGAACAGCUGUCGUCUCAGUGAGGAGACUCCAUCUCAUAAGAUGCUGUAAUGUUACUUGACAUCAGGAAACGUGUAAAGGAGCAGUGUGUAACAUUUAGUGGCUCGUCUCACCUCACCCUCUCCUUCUGUAAGAGG